ACUGGAUUGCCACUGAUCAAGGAGGUCCUCGUCAACCAAGGCCAUGUGUUUAUUGAUCGUCCCCCUUUUCCUAUCCACUUCCAUACCUUUAAAUCACAUGGCCUAAUCAUGUCUAAUGGCCAAGAGUGGAGACACCAAAGAAGAUUUACCCUAAUGACUCUAAGGAACUUUGGUUUGGGAAAGAAGACCCUGGAAGACCGGAUCCGGGAGGAGGCCGGGUAUCUCACUGAGGCUAUCAGGGAGGAGAAAGGACAGGCUUUUGACCCCCACUUUCAGACCAACAAUGCUGUUUCCAAUAUCAUCUGCUCCAUAGCUUUUGGACAUCGCUUUGAUUACCAUGAUUCUCAGUUUCGGGAGCUGCUGAAGACUCUGGAUAAUACCACAGUCCUCUUAGGCACAUGGGAGUGUCAGCUCUUCAGUAUGUAUCCUCGGAUAAUGAAAUUUCUGCCUGGAUCUCACCAGAAGCUCUUUAGAGAAUGGAAGAAGCUAGAGACUUUUGUGGAACAUGAAAUCAAACAACAUAAGGAAAACCUGAACCCAGAAGAGACCCUGGACUACAUUGAUGCUUACCUGAAGGAGCUGUCCAAGAAUAACAUCCAUUCUAGUUUUGAUGAAGAAAACUUGAUCUUCUGCACCCUGGAUCUCUUCCUGGCUGGAACAGAGACAACUUCGACCACUCUGAGGUGGGCACUGCUGUAUAUGGCCCUUUAUCCGGAGAUCCAAGGCAAAAUACAAGCUGAGAUUGACAGAGUGAUUGGCCAAUCCAGGCAACCCACAAUGGCUGAUAAGGAGAUCAUGCCCUAUACUAAUGCAGCUGUUCAUGAAGUUCAGAGAAUGGGUGAUAUUUUUCCUUUCAAUGUGGUCAGGCUGGCCACAGUUGAUACCACAGUGGCUGGAUACCAUGUGCCAAAGGGGACUGUAUUGAUGACCAACUUGACUGCCUUGCACAGGGACCCCAAGGAGUGGGCUACCCCAGAAACCUUCAACCCAGAACACUUUCUGGAGAACGGACAAUUUAAGAAGAGAGAAAACUUUCUGCCUUUCUCAAUAGGAAAGAGAGUCUGCCUGGGAGAACAGCUGGCUCGGACUCAGCUCUUCCUUUUCUUCACUUGCCUGCUCCAGAAAUUCACGUUCCAGGCUCCCCCAAACACCCAGCUGAGCCUGGACUUCCGAUAUGGCAUGACCGUCUCUCCUGCCUCUUACCAAAUCUGUGCCCUUCCUCGAGUGAUGUAGGCCAAGCUAGACCUGUAGGGUGGUCUGCCAGGGGGGAAGGGAAGGGCCUGGAACCAUCCUCAUCAUUCAAUGGGUCACCUAACCUGACAUUUGGAGUUUGGGUGGGGAAAGGGAGAAGAGUCUGGGGUGGGGGAAGAGGAGAAAGAGACAAACAGAGGGUAGCUGUCAUCCAAUUUAAACCAUCCCACUCAGAAAAAGGAGAGGCAUUAACACCACCAAAAGGAAAGCACGAAAUAUCAUUAUUGGACUUGGAUUACAAGGACCUGGGCUCAAAUCCCAAACCUGUCACUUACGAGCUGUAUAACCUUGGGCAAUUUAAACCUCUGCCUCAGUUUCUUCAUCUAAAAUGAGGAGGAGAAGAAUCUCUAAGGUCUCCUACAACUCCAAACCUAAAACUUUGUGAUGCCAUAAGCAGAGAAGCAAUGCUGUUCCUCCCCUGCCUCAAACAGUGUGGCUUGACAGGGCAUUUUAUGUUUGGUUGGUUACUUUUUGGUUUCCUGCCCUCAUAAUUCAUACACUGGUGUGAUUUUGAGGGAGGGUUCAGAGAGUUUCUGUGAGUUACAGGAGGCACCCACAGGUUGAUGAGGAUGAUCCUUAGAGAUCCCUAUGGAUUGUAAACUCCUGGUGGGCAGAGACUCUUUUCUUUUUGUCUUCAGAUCCACAGCAUCCAGCCGAGUGCACAGAAUGGAGGAGAAGCCCAAUAUAUACUGGCCAAUUGUUACAUCUCUAAGUCAAUCACUUUCAUGUUCACUAUUUCCAUUGACUUUCACAGUGUGACUAUUAGUCCAUCAGCUGAUGAGCGGGGUUCUUCAUUCCUAUUAAAAACCUUGUUAUAGAUGAUAAAUCAUAAUCACUCCACUCUUAAUUGUAGUGACAUGGGGCUAGGAAUGCCCCCAUCCUGAAAAUUGCUAAUCUGUUAAGAUUCCCUAUUCCUCUAAAGGUUCCCUGUACUUUUCAAAGAUGUUCACACAAGGUACAUUUCCAUGCUAAUAAUGGAAAUUCUUGGAGUAGCCCAGCCAAACUGAAAAUGUAAAAGCUCAUGUGAAUCAAUGUGAUCAAUGUUCUUCAUUUAUUUUUUAUGUUCUCCAUUCUAAUAUUCCUCAAAUAUACCUAUAAAAAUGCUCUGUGAGUUCAUAAUGAAGUCAUUGUAGCAAAUGAAGUUUCUGUGGGCCCAUUUUACUGGCAAAUUGAUAGCCAUUGCUAAUAAAGUAAUCACACUUGGA